AUGGAGACCAGUGAGGAUAAUAUUCAUAACCAUAGCAGGAAAAAUACAUUUCUUUCUCGUGUUUUCGGAGUUCACUCAUCGGAUGUUGGUGAUUCAUUAGAGACUGCGGAGAUGAGCCACUUUCCAAUCCAGAUUGAUAGAACGUCUAUUAACCCAGUUGCUAUCCCUCGCGUUUUAGAGUCAGAUCAGGGGAGCUCUAGUGAUGAGGAGGAAGAUGAACCAGUGGAGGAGAGUGUUGGCUCCGUUGCAGAUAAUAUUCGAAGAUUUGACGGGGUUCAUAAUACAUAUGAGGGUGGGUCAGAAGCAGAUGAAGAAUUUGGAGAUGAAGAUUUAGAACCUGCAGGUUCAUAUAUGAUCACUAAGUUAGGCCAAGGCUCUAGCAGCGAUGAAGAAGGCAGUCUGCGGGAAUCUAUUACGGGGGAUGAUAUCCCAUUAUUUGCGGGACGAAUUGAUAGAAUGGGGAACAUUGGCGGUUCAUUUGACAGAAAGAAGGAUGGAAGUGCUGCACUGAAAAGGAUAUUGAAGGAUAAAAGUAGCAUCUUACUUGGUACACAGAGGUCAAUCGAAGAGGAGAGCUUUAUUUUCAAGAAGGACACUGCUCGCAAUGAGGAUGGGUACGGAAGGCCGCCCUUGCGUACGCACAAUAUGCCAUCUAAGGGAGGGAAUCUUCGAAACUCCUCGCCGAAUAGGUUUAACCCUUUAAGUCCGAGAGAGCGCGCAUUAUGGAAAUGGGCAAAUGUGGAGAAUUUAGAUUUAUUUCUCCAAGAUGUUUAUGAAUAUUUCCUUGGGAAUGGGUUCCUAUGCAUUAUGAUAGAAAAGGUUUUGAAUUUACUUACCCUACUGUUUAUUGUUUUCAUUUCUACAUACAUGUCCCACUGUAUUGAUUAUGGCAAAAUUCCUACCAGCCAUAAGUUUAGUGAAGUAAAAAUAGAUCGUUGCUACAGCACACAAGUCACCGGUGCAACAAAACUGCUGCUUUGGAUAUUUGGGGGAUUUGUCAUUCUAAAGGUAGUUCAACUUUACUUUGAUAUUAAACGUUUACGAGAUAUUCGCAACUUUUAUCUUUAUUUGCUUAAUAUAUCUGAUAAAGAAUUGGAAACCAUAUCAUGGCAGAGUAUUAUUCAACAGAUAAUGCUGCUUAAGGAUCAAAAUGCAGUGACGGCCAAUGUUGUCGAAGUGAAAGCAAAGAAUAGGAUAGAUGCACAUGUAGUAGCAAACAGAAUUAUGCGCAAGGAGAAUUAUUUGAUCUCGCUUUAUAACAAGGACAUCUUGGAACUUUCAUUAAAUUUUCCAAUGUAUCGGACAAACAUAUUAACGAAAACUCUCGAAUGGAAUAUUCAUUUGUGUAUUAUGGGGUUUGCUUUCAAUGAGGCUGGUUUCCUAAAACAGAGCUUUUUGAAUGUUAAGCAGCGGGAACAUUUAAGUGAGGAGCUGAAAAAAAGGUUUAUACUUUCAGGAUUUCUUAACAUUAUUUUGUCGCCUUUUCUGGUUGGGUACUUCAUCCUGUUGUACUUUUUCAGGUAUUUCAAUGAAUAUAGGACGUCUCCAGGGUCUUUAGGUACUAGGCAAUAUACCCCAAUAGCAGAAUGGAGAUUUCGAGAGUACAACGAAUUGUACCAUGUGUUUAAAAAAAGAAUUGGAUUGAGUCACGAGGUUGCAAAUAGGUACAUUAACCAAUUUCCCAAUACAACCGGAGAUUACCUCUUCAAAUUUGUGAAGUUUGUUUCAGGGUCAUUCGUUGCAAUAUUAGGUGUUAUGACUGUAUUAGAUCCCGAAAACUUUUUGAAUUUCGAACUCACACAUGACAAGUCUGUUUUAUUUUACAUGACUGUCUUUGGAUCCCUGUGGGCUGCUGCAAAUGGUGCUCUAAGCAGUCCGUAUAAUGUAUUUGAUCCAGAAGAAUCUUUAAAAGAACUAAUAUCUUACACGCAUUAUGCUCCCAAAGAAUGGGAAGGAAAAUACCACACGGACACCGUUAAGAAGGAAUUCUGCGAAUUAUACAACUUGCGUAUCAUUCUGCUUAUGAGGGAACUUGCUAGCUUGAUUAUGACACCUUUUAUAUUGUGGUUUUCUUUACCCAAAUCUGCAGAUGCAAUAGUGGACUUUUUCCGUGAAGUCACAGUAUACAGCGAUGGCCUUGGAUACGUUUGCAAGUAUGCAAUGUUUGACGUUAAGCAAAAUAUUGGUAACCAGCUUCGCAGGAAUUCCUCCCCACAUGUCAAUGGGAAGCCUACAGCACAUGCUGAAGAAUCUAGUGAUGAGGAAUCCGAUAAAGGGGUCAACAAAAUGAUGCAGUCGUAUAUGUAUUUUGUUGAUGACUAUCAGAAUACUGAUAAUGCUGUGGGAAAAUUUCAAAUACCAAAAAGUAGUCAUGGGAUGGCCGAUUCUAAGCAAAUGGCGACAACCUCUAAUCAUAAUUAUUCAUGGAAAAAGCAGUUUCAAUUAGGUGGCAAACCAGAAGAGUUCAAUAUUAAGUCCUUCAAUCCUACUACUAUUACAUCAUCUGUACCAAGCAAGCCAAGAAUGGAAUUACGGGCUAGGUUAGAUCAAGGUGCAAAUAUGCAGAACAACCAGAGUAUUACAGAAGAAGGUGAAGAGUCUUUCAUUAACUAUAUCCCACCUAUUGAUUACGAUCGAAUGGAACGGGGAGAGAGUAGAGGCAACGGUAUCCUGGGUUUAUUAAAUCAGUACUACAAAAAGUCUGAUGUGGGAAGGUAG